GUUCAUAAAACGGCACACAGGCAAGCUUCACGGAUAGCUGCCAACGAUACUAUAAUCUUCAUAGUUGUAAUACAGAGAGGAAAUAGCUUAAAAUAUGCUGAACGGGUACAUUUGUAACAGUUUAACAAACAAUAUAGUUAUAGGCAAACAGCAAGCUAUAUAAAGGGUGAUAUAACACAUGUUGUUAGAUUAAUAUUGACUGGUUUGGUAUUAACAGUUCAACAGAGGGAAUAUAUCGGAUUGACCUACAGGCGUCAAUAGACAUUUACAAUUCUUUAAAAUUCAAAGUUCAUUUUAUUUAAUCCGAGUUUUGUAGUCAGGACAGCUUUGACACUAAGACAAUAAAAGACUGUAUGUUCGAGCCUUAAGAAAACAGGGCGAAUAUUUUGUUGUUUUAGGUGUAUGUAUGGAUUUGUAAGAUCAAAGAAAUAAUGCAUAGCGUUCAACCAUGAACUAAAAUUUACCUGAGCUAUAACGGACGAGUUACACCUGCUGAACAAUCCGACGAAAAUUCGAUAAAUGGCGAUCCAAAUGGUGUACCCGAUUCUACCCAGAAUUCCCCGGAAAAAGUAACGAAACAACCAGUCAUUGAAGACAGUCCAAAACAUGUAACAUCUCCUCCAAAAUAUCAAGAAGUCUACGAUAUGAACGGAAAGUCAGAAAAACCGAACAGCAGCGUUGCAGUGAACGGCUUUCACGCGACGAAUUUCGAUAAAAGUGUGGAUGAACUUCCAACGAAAUCUUCAAAGGGAGCAGAAGGGAGCCAAAAAGAUGGAGACACGGACAGUAAAACUGAUGAGAAGAAAGACGAAGUGGGGCCAAUGGUGGGAAUUUUCGAAGUGUUUCGGUAUUCUACAAAAAGAGACAAACUUUUUAUGAUAUUAGGGACGAUAUGCGCAAUGGGUCACGGGUCAGCAUUCCCUCUCAUGAUAAUCGUCUUUGGUGAGAUGAUUGAUCUUUUCGUCACUUCCGGCAAGUUCGAGUAUGUCGUGAACCAGCUCGUCGACCUUGGAACAAUGGCUAAGCUAAACUUUACUUCCGCCCAAGUGAUAGAGGACCCGGAUUUACUACAACCGCACAUAUCGUUCAUACGGACAGACACGAACAACACAGUAGAUACAACAGUCAUACAAGACGCCAUUAACAACGACCUUCUUGAAGUGAUGCAAAGAUAUGCCAUCUACUUCAUAGCAAUCGGUCUUGGUGUUAUGGUGUUGGGUUAUGGUCAGGUCAUGUUUUGGAUGACAGCCUCAGAAAGACAGACGCACAGAAUACGUAAAAGUUUCUAUAGAAACGUUAUGAGACAAAAUAUUGGCUGGUUUGACACGCAUGAAUCUGGGGAGAUGAAUUCUAGAUUGACAAGUGAUAUUUCAAAAAUUCACGACGGCAUUGGUGACAAGAUCGGAACGUUUGUGCAGUGGUUUACAGCGUUUCUGAUGGGGUUCACGAUCGGGUUCGUGUAUGGCUGGAAACUAACCCUGGUAGUUAUUGCCAUCAGCCCACUCCUCGCUGGGGCCGCUUUUGUCAUGUCAAAGUUGGUGGGUAUGGCGUCGGGGGCAGAACUUAAAGCGUACGCUAAAGCCGGCGCUAUUGCUGAAGAGGUUAUGGGUGCUAUUCGCACGGUGGUGGCAUUUGGAGGUGAAGAGAAAGAAUGUGAAAGAUACAAUGCUAAUCUGAUCGAAGCACGAGACCUAGGUAUAAAGAAAGGCCUGGUGAAUGGAAUAACGCUGGGUAUGGUAUGGAUGAUCAUGUUUCUCGCCUAUGCUCUUGGGUUCUGGUACGGAGCUAAACUGUCUAGGGAAGAACCCGAAAACUACUCCAUUGGAAAUGUCAUGAUAGUAUUCUUUGCUGUUUUAAUUGGUGCCUUCUCCCUUGGAAAUGCUGCACCUCCGCUUCAGAGUUUGUCAGUGGCCAGAGGAGCAGCCUAUAUCGUGUACCAACUUAUAGAACUGGAGCCACCCAUUGACAGCUCCUCGACAAAAGGUGAGAAGUUACAGAACUUCCAGGGAAGCAUUAAGAUACAGGAUGUGCAUUUCAACUAUCCAUCAAGACCAGACACUAAGAUAUUACAUGGAGUCAACCUUGAGAUAAGCCGAGGUCAGACGGUGGCCCUGGUAGGGGCUAGUGGAUGUGGCAAAUCUACUAUUGUACAACUUAUACAGAGGUUCUAUGAUCCUGAUUCUGGAGAGAUUCAGAUAGAUGGUGUGAACCUGAAGGACAUCAAUUUGAAAUGGUGGAGAGAACAUAUCGGAAUUGUAAGCCAGGAACCAGUACUGUUUGGUACUACCAUUGGGGAAAAUAUUCGAUAUGGACGCGAGGAUGUUACGCAGGAAGAAAUUGAGGCUGCUACAAAAAUGGCCAAUGCUCAUGAUUUCAUUAUGGCGCUGCCUGAGAAAUAUGACACCAUGGUUGGUGAGAGAGGUGCACAGCUCAGUGGAGGACAGAAACAGAGAAUUGCUAUUGCACGUGCCCUCGUGCGUGAUCCUAAAAUCUUGUUACUGGAUGAAGCCACAUCGGCCCUGGACACCGAAAGUGAAGGAGUAGUACAAGAGGCCCUGGAAAAAGCAAGUCAUGGUAGAACAACAAUAGUUAUUGCCCACAGGCUGUCUACAAUCAAGACUGCUGAUAUGAUUGCUGGCUUUAAGGAUGGUAUUAUUGUAGAGAAAGGUACACACUCCGAGCUGAUGACCAAAAACGGAAUUUAUCAAAACCUUGUGAACAGACAGAGUACCAAGACAGACGACGAUGAAGAAGUGGAGAUAUUUGAAAAAAAAGCUGAGAACACACCAAAAAAGAAAGCAUUGAAAACACAACAUUCCAUGAUCGUUUUCCCUGAACAUAAAAAGGAAGAGGAAGGGGGAAAAGCAGAUGAGGAGAAGAAAGAAGAAGAGGUGAAUUCAGGUUUGAUGAGAGUUUUGAAGAUGAAUGCCUCAGAAUGGUGGAGCAUUAUGCUUGGUUGUAUCGGCAGUAUUUUAAAUGGGGGACUCAUGCCUGCAUUUGCUGUCAUUUUUGCUGAAAUUCUUGGGGUAUUUUCAAUAGAAAGUAAAGAUGAACAAGAAAAAGAGAUCACCAGAUAUGUCCUAAUGUUUGUAGGACUGGCUGGACUAAGUCUUAUAACAUACUUUCUCCAGGGCUACAUGUUUGGAAGAUCAGGGGAAUAUCUCACACUGAGGCUCCGAUCCUUGUCCUUCAAGGCUAUGCUUAGACAGGAAAUUGCAUUUUUUGAUGACCAUGACAAUAGUGUUGGAGCUCUUUGUACACGCCUGUCAACAGAUGCUUCACAGGUUCAAGGGGCAGCGGGCGCUAAACUGGGCUCAAGUUUGAUGGGUUUAUGCAGUAUUCUGACUGGCCUGAUCAUUGCGUUCAUCUACAGUUGGAAACUCACACUUCUGAUUAUAGCAUUCCUUCCCUUUCUUGUGAUUGGUGGAGCUCUUCAAAUGAAAAUGUUGGCAGGGGCUGCUGGGAAAAAUAAAGAAGCUUUGGAAGCUGCUGGCAAGAUUGCUAUUGAAUCAAUUGAGAACAUCAAAACUGUUGCCUCGCUGACUCGAGAAGAAAUGUUCUACAAGAAGUUUAGUGCUGAGCUCGACAUUCCAUACAACGAAGCGCUAAAGAAAGCACAUGUGAUUGGAAUCUCAUUCUCGUUCUCUCAGGGCGUCAUCUUCUUUGCGUAUGCGGCUUCUUUCUGGCUAGGGGCAUACUUGAUUCAACAGUCAGAAAUAGAUUAUGUUGAUGUGUUUAAGGUAUUCUCAGCUAUUGUAUUUGGUGGUAUGGCGAUUGGAGAAGCUAGUUCAUUUGCUCCUGAUGCUGCGAAGGCAGAACAAUCAGCAAAGGAAAUUUUCAAACUACUUGACAGGGAACCAAAGAUUGACAGUUACUCUGACGAGGGCUGCAAAUUGCUUGAGGAAGACACAGAAGAAAAGGGGAAGUAUAGAAGUACUGUUGUCUUCUCUGAUGUCAAAUUUGUGUACCCAACACGACCAGAUACGAAAGUGUUGACAGGACUGAAUUUAAUUGUGCCUCAAGGUCAGACAGUGGCACUAGUCGGUAGUUCUGGUUGUGGUAAGAGCACAACUGUACAGCUGACGGAGAGAUUUUAUGAUGCAGAGGAUGGAGCAGUUUACCUCGAUGGAAACAAUUUGAAAGAUUUGAACCUGAAAUGGUUGAGGUCACAAAUUGGUAUUGUUUCUCAGGAACCGGUUCUGUUUGACAGAAGUAUUGGAGAAAAUAUUGCAUAUGGGGAUAACGAACGCCAGGUGUCGAUGGAUGAGAUCAUUGCAGCAGCCAGAAAAGCAAAUAUUCAUCAGUUUAUAACUUCACUACCUGAGGGUUAUGACACGAAUGUUGGAGAGAAAGGAGCUCAGCUUAGUGGAGGUCAGAAACAGAGGGUGGCUAUAGCCCGGGCUUUGGUCAGGAACCCUAAAAUACUUCUCUUAGAUGAGGCUACAUCUGCACUGGAUACUGAAAGUGAAAAGGUUGUACAGGAGGCAUUAGACGUGGCAAGGGAGGGAAGAACAAGCAUUGUUAUCGCCCAUAGACUUUCUACAAUCCAGAAUGCCGACAAAAUCUGUGUGAUACGUCAUGGUGUCGUCACAGAGGAAGGCACACACAGUGAACUCAUGAAGAAGCAAGGGUUCUACUACAAACUUAACAUGGCACAGCAGAGAAAGAAACAGUAAUUGGAAUUAAUCAAAAAUGCUGCAGUGUACAGAAUUGAAACCACAGUUCGUUUUAAGUGCUUUAGAAAAUCCUGACUUUGUUUAGGAGGUUGAUAUUGAACUGUCUAAGCAGUUUUAGCUUGUGUAUACUGUAAUUUACAGCUACUCUCAGUAGGCAUAGUGAAAUUUGAACCAUUCUAUGGGAUUUUUAUUUGUAUUUUUAGCUCGGCUAUUCAUAGAAUAGUAGAGCUAUUGGACUCGCCCAUGCGUCGGCGUCCGCGUCCCGAUUUGGUUAAGGUUUUGUAUGUAAGCUGGUAUCUCAAUAACCACUUGUGGGAAUGAAUUGAAACUUCACACACUUAUUCACUGUGAUAAACUGACCUACACUGCACAGGUUCCAUAACUCUAUUUUGCUUUUUUACAAAAUUAUGCCCCUUUUUCGUCUUAGAAAUUUUUGGUUAAGGUUUUGUAUGUAAGCUGGUAUCUCAGUACUUACUAAUGGGAAUGGAUUGAAACUUCACAUACUUGUUCACUGUCAUGAUCUGACAUGCACUAAGCAAGUCCCAUAACUCUGCUCUUUUUUUUUUUCAAAAUUAUGUUCCUUUUUCGACUUAGAAAUUUUUAGUUAAGGUUUUGUAUGUAAGCUGGUAUCUCAGUAACCACUUGUGGGAAUGGAUUGAAACUUCACACACUUAUUCACUGUGAUAAACUGACCUACAUUGCACAGGUUCCAUAACUCUAUUUUACUUUUUUACAAAAUUAUGCCCCUUUUUCGACUUAGAAAUUUUUGGUUAAGGUUUUGUAUGUAAGCUGGUAUCUCAGUACUUAAUAAUGGGAAUGGAUUGAAACUUCACAUACUUGUUCACUGUCAUGAUCUGACAUGCACUAAGCAAGUCCCAUAACUCUACUCUUUUUUUUUCAAAAUUUAAGGUCCCUUUUUUUGACUUGGCAGUUUUUGGUUAAGUUUUUGUAUGUAAGCUGGUAUCUCAGUAUCCACAAAUUGGAAAGGAUCGAAACUUCACACACUUGUUCACUGUCAUGAUAUGACAUGCAGUACAGAGGUUCAAUACCUCUACUUUGCAUUUUACAAAAUUAUGCCCCUUUUUCAACUUUUGUAUUAAUUCAAUUAACAAGGCUGUUGAAUAGUCGAGCGUUGCUGUCCUCCGACAGCUCUUGUUGUUUGAUGUUGUGGAAUUUUCAACCAGUUUGGUCAUUUUAAUGAAAUGUUCUGCAAAUCUGGUUUGUUAUAGAAAUGUUUUGUCAAGUAAUUUCGUUCAUUCAGACAGAGAAAUAUUCAGUCGUUUGGCCAACACAGGGAAAUUUACAAACAUUUCAAACUGUCACUGCAGUGCAGUUAAAGGUAGACUGCAUGUUUCAGGCAUUAUAUUUAUUACAGUGAAAUUUACAGUCAGUUUUGCCACUGUGGUGAAAUUUACAGUCAGUUUGGCCACUAAAGUGAAAUUUACAAUCAGUUUAACCAAUAAAGUGAAAUUUACAAUCAGUUUAGCCACUAAAGUGAAAUUUACAGUCAUUUAGCCACUAAAGUGAAAUUUACUAUCAGUUUAGCCACUAUAGUGAAAUUUACAGUCAUUUAGCCACUAUAGUGAAAUUUACAGUCAGUUUGGCCACUGUAGUGAUUUUUACAGUCAGUUUGGCCACUGUAGUGAAAUUUACAGUCAUUUAGCCACUGAAGUGAUAUUUACUACAAUGUUGAACAGCAUACUCAAAUUUUCAUGUUAUUAAUGGUUUUGUGUGAACUAUCUAAAUAAAUCUAUGAAUUCUAAAUAGGUAUUUUUUAGUUGUUGCAAUAAGUUUUAUUAUUUCAUGUUUGUCAGUAGUUGGUUUAUAUUGAUAACUUUCAUUGUUUGCAAACAGUAGGGUUCUCAUUUGAGCCGUGCCAUGGGAAAACCAACAUAGUGGGUGUGCGACCAGCAUGGAUCCAGACCAGCCUGCGCAUCCGCGCAGUCUGGUCAGGCUCCAUGCUGUUCGCUUUUAAAGCCUAUUGGAAUUGGAGAAACUGUUAGCGAACAGCAUGGAUCCUGACCAGACUGCGCGGAUGCGCAGGCUGGUCUGGAUCCAUGCUGGUCGCACACCCACUAUGUUGGUUUUCCCAUGGCACGGCUCAUUUUAUGAUUUUUACUGAUUAAGAACUAGAGAUGAAUACGAAUGAAUAUAAACUAUAAAUGUUUGGAAGAUCUUUCCAAAAUAAAUAUCAGUAAUUAUGUAGAAGUGUAUAAUUACUUUUGAAAUCAUUAAAGUAUGCCCUCUACUAUAUUAAAAUAUAGAAGAGAAGUCUAAAAGUCUGAAAGAAUUUCUUCACAUUUUUACCACUGUAUUCACAUUGUGAUAUGUAUAUGACAUUGUGUGGAUAAAACUGGUAUAAUUUGAUAAAAAAUCAUUUAAAAACAUGAAACAAAAAGAAAACCUGUUUAUUUUAUUGAAAUCUUUUCCACCAUGUGAACAUCAGAUGCAGUAUUUUCUGGAGUGGUGCAUUGAAAAUCUGAUGUUCAUGGGGGAAUGAUAUUUGGAAAAGGUCUACUGUGGGUUACACAUGUGUUAUGUUUUAUGUCCUUAUGUCUUUUUUUAUUUGAAUCUCCAAUUUUUAUGCAUUUAUCACAUGCAGUGACAUAGAUCUAGUUUUAAUUGUUUUACCAAAGUGCUAUUUUGUUACGAAAAAUUGUUAACACUUGCAUGUUAUUGCUGAACUGAUAAUUUUAUAUUGAUGGUAAGGUGGAGUAUUUAUAAUAACUGUUAAGUUUCUGGUUGUCAUGUAAUGUUUUAUAAUACAAAAUCUUUAUCUGUGUUUAUAAUGAAAACAGAUCAAUGUUUGUUGAAAUGUAUUUUUAUGUGUUUGAAUGAUGUUGAGAUAGAAUAAAACCGCCCAAUUCUUGUGGUUGUUUGGGUAGCAAACGUUUCAAGGUUGCAUCACAAACAUUUCUACUAACUAUGAAUUCCAUAUGACAAUGUGACUUAAACAACCAUAGCCAGCUAAGCAUUGAGACCUCUGAAUUGGGCAGCUUCUGGGGUCAAGAAAUUCACAGGCAUUGGAAUACAACAACAGUAUAUAGAUUUAUUAAUGAAAACUGGAAUGUUAUGGAAAUCUGAAAUAUGAUACUUUUUUUUAGGUGAAUAUCCAUAAUGAAGUAUCUUAUGAGUAAACAGUAAACACGUAUUCAAGAUAGCAAUGUCUGUAAAAAUUGAAAGUAAAUCAUACCAGAUUUUAGUUAAGAUGAAACUAUGAGUCUAUUUUUGUAAAAAUAUAGUCAAAUUUAAUUUGAACUUUAUGCAGAAGAUAAAAGACAUUUCUUGAAGCAUUUAUAUAUAGUGAAAGGCAUUUGCAUGCACUUACUAGUUUGAAUGAUGUUGACUGAUCUCAAAUUUGCCAUUAUCUUUCCAAUAAUUUAUCUGCCCAGCAGUGUGUGGAAUAAUGCCCAGUCAAGAGAGAUAUCCCACCGAGUUUUCUGACACGUAUACCUCAUUCAUCAGAGGUUCAGUAUGAAAUUGAAACUGGAGACCAGUCACAAAAUUACAGCAUGUGACUGGUUCUUUCUGAGGACAGAUUUAAACAUUGACCAAUGGAAAGGUUGAAUUUUGAGACUGGUCUCCAAGUUCAGUUUUACAAUCUUGUAGCCAGGCAACUUUGAUAGACAUCUUGUAUAUUAAAAUGUUUUGCACCAUUUAAUCCGGAAAGUCACCAUUUUCAUUUACUGUUUUUGUGAUCUUAGUCCUAGUAAAACUGUAGUGAGUGAACCUGUAAGUAAUUAAAUUUUAUUUUGAGCUUGCAAAAUAUAUAUAAGCAAUGUAAACUGUAAUCUGUAUAAAUAAGCUGAUUAAACAUUUUAAUAUGUUCAGUCUAAAAAUGAAAGGAUGUAUAUAUUGCAGUAGUUAAAAGAUUAGAUAACCAUAUCACUACCUGUUGUUUGUAUGUCAUUUAUGAAACAUUAUUUAUUUGAUGUAACUGUUGGAAGUAAAAAUAGAGGUUUUAAAUGUC